UAUUAGUAAAAUUAUGCAAAAUUAGACCCAACAUUUGUCUGUAAGCCUUGCAUAAUAAAUAUAGACAAUACUUUUGAACCUGUCAGUAUUAGAAAACUUAACAAAAUUUAACACUAAUGAAAAACAAUUUUAGCCAAAAAAUUUAGCAAACAUAGUAUUUGACUAUGUUUGCUUAUCAAGUUGACCAGCUUGCUGCUACGCUAGCACCUCAUCCAGUGUCUGAGUAGAGAGCGUGCAGUUAAGUUACGUUCUAUUAAAAAUGCACUAUCACGAAAUACAUUGUUACUAUCUACGACUAUUUGAUAACAGUUGAUGAGUUAGAAGACAGAAAUGUUAAACAAUUAUGCAGAGAGUGGAGGAGGAUUCAAUAGCAACCAUGGUCAGACAUCAAGACCUGCAGAGACACAGAAACAACAGAAUAUCAGUUCCACAUGGGGCUAUAAUGGUCAGCUGGAGGGGAUGUACUAUGGAGGGGAACACCAACCGAUGUUCAUGGGCUCUUAUGAAGGGAGUACCAAACACUCCAACUACCCCCAGUACCCUACAGGUUCCCUUCAUCAGCCAGUGCCCACUCCAGUGGUUAAGUGUCACGAGGCUUGCUGUCAACACUUCCAGGACCGGUAUCCCCUUAACCCUGCUCCUUUGAGGUAUCAGCCGUCUGGACCAGUGCAACCAAGGUACGACGGCGAUUCCAGGCAGUGGCGAUCUGUACAGCCACUAUCUCGAAAGAAGGUGUACUCUACGGAGAAUGGCUACCCAGGAAUCUCUGAGAGACACUUUUCACAAUAUAUGGGCAGAGGACAGUUGAUGGCGGACUCAAGGCAGCAUAUGCAAAUGAUGAGAUCUCAGUAUCCCAUGUAUUCACCAUAUUGGGGAGGUCCUAGGGGGUGGACAGGACCGAGGAUGAAUUGUCCGCCACCACCAUACCACCAGACAGUCAGUCAAGGAGCGCAGUUGCAAACAGGGUUGAAGAUGAGUGAAGCACACUACAUAGAUCCUUCUACCCAGAAAACUCCGGGUUCUCAUCGAAGAGGAGUUACUAGUGGUGGAGGAGCAACAGAUGUUGUAAGACCUGUCCCAGAACCCAAAAGAUCAACAUUGGAUCCAAAUCUUCAGAGUUGUUAUGAGUUUGGUUACCCUACAGGAUUUGUGCCUUUCAGUGAAGUAAAUAAGAUCCAAAGUGGCAGUUUGACAUCUCAAAACAAUACUUCUAAUUGUAAAAUACCGACUGAUAAAACAUACCAUCCCCACCAAAUGCAGUAUUCAUUACAAGGUAGUGAUAGAAACAUGAUGAAUUGUAGUAGUUCAAUAAAUGAACUGAAUUAUCCUAUGAAUUUCCCUAUGCCUGGUAGUGACUCACACAUAAGACCUGGAUUGGAAGACAAUCAACAGAUCUCAGAUGCUCGUAAACUUCCCUUGCAGUAUGAUUCAUCUCUUGGAAAGAAAAGGCCUGACUUAGAUCUCCGCCAAUAUUUGGCAACAUGGGAAGAUGAUGAAGAUGAAAGUACGAGAUUGUCAGAAUCCAUACCUCUGGGAAAUAGUGGAGCCCCAUAUAUAGUAGUUGACUGUAGGUCACUUGAAGGAGAUGCUGCUGCAAAACUUCAAGAACGUUUUAAAACAUCUACUGCAGCCCAGAACUGUGCUUCAAAACAGAGAAGUAGCAGCCCAAAUUCUGAACGCAAAACUGAUGAUCAACCUAGACAAGAUGAAAAUACUGAAAGGUCAAACUUGCCUCCAGAAUUUCAAUCUCAGACUAGUUAUGCAUCAUCAAUGCCUGCAUUAUUGAGUGACUCGGAAAAGAAUGUUAACUACUGGAAUGGAUCAAACAGAGACAGUGAAGGAAUUAUUGGAAAAGGUGGGGCUUUUCAGCCACUUGAUUGCUCUAAAAGGGAUAGCAGUAUUGAUCCUAACAAUGGAAAAAGAGAUGGUCACCCACAAAAUGACUUAUCUGCACAUAAAUUGUCUAGUGCUAAUGAGUCUGGCACAAUGUCAUUUGAUGCUUUGGUUUCAUACUACGGUGAUAAUAGGAGAAUUGUUGAUGGAGGAUAUGACUUUGUAGAAAUGACUGAACGGCUAGUCAAUACCUCUGAAAAACCGUCUACAAAUAUCAGAACUUCCCUUGAUCAUCCAAUCCCUUCAGAAAUGUCAAGACCCUGCGAUCCAAGACUACAACAAUCUCAGUUAGGUGGUAACCCUUCAAUUUAUAACAAAGUUGCACCCCGAUAUCCUACAAGUAGUUAUCAACACUACAAACCCAUGAUACCUGCAGAUCCAUAUUACAAUUACAAACAUUCAAUGGGUGCAAAUAAAUAUUUUGGAUACGAAAACUCUCAAAUGAUUGAUCCAACCUAUGAUUAUCAUAAAAUGCCAUCUGAUUUUGAAACUGCCAGGUUGUAUGGUAAUAAAGAAAUUUCAAAAGAUCCAAGAAGAAUGUAUCACCAAGAAAUAGAUAAAUCUGUAGAAAGUGCAUUCUUAGACCCAGUAAGAAAAGCUCAGAUAGAUUGCUUUCAAGACAAAAGUUUAGAAUUUGGAUCAGUUGAUCAUGAUCAGUUUAUCUCUCCUAUCAUUAUGAAAAGUACAGAUCAACACAACCGAGACAAGGAUUAUUCUGAGAAAAAUAGUUCAAUUAGAGAUGGGAUGAAUAUUUUAAACAAUGAAAUUCCAGCUCAUUCAGAAAAAACUGUUCUGAUAACUUCUCAAAAUGGACCACCAGAAAUUUUUAGAGUUCCAUAUUCUCCAGAGAAGGAUUUGUCACAUAAAGAUAAUUUGGUUACUUUACAUUCUGGAGAUCAAACAAAAAGUAACACCAUAACAGUUGAAGUACCUUAUGACCAACAGUAUUCUACUUUAGUGAAGCUUUCUGAGGAAAUUAGCCGUUCGGAAAAUGGAGAUGUGAAGAGCAAGGAUAAAACCAACAGUUCAGUGUCAUCAAAUGAAUUAAAUAAUGAAGAAUUCAAAAAACCUACCAGCUUCAAAUUAAAAAGGCUACCUAACAGCAAGGAAUGGACUGUUGAAGGAAAAGAAUAUAAUGAACCAAGUAAAAGGUCAGUGUCACAAAAUAAUAGUGUAAAUGAAGAAAAUUCCUGUGAUGUAGCUGAUGAUAGGGAUGUCUUAAAGUCAUCUGUAACUGUUAGUAGUUUAAAUAUGCCUUCUCUAGAUGAUAUUAGAGAUGGAGAUGAAACCUGUGAAGUAAAUGACAAUCAUCCAAAAUCACAAUUGAGUGAUGGUAUCUUAUGCUCAAACAAAAAUGUUUGUGAUGAUAUAAGUAAAACAAAGUAUAACACCCAGACUCCUCAGAUGGCGAUUGUUCAGCCAAUGAAAUUAACUCAAUCUGAACCUGAAUUGAUUGAGUCAAGUUCAAACAAAUUAAUUGAUAAAAAUGAUAAGGAUGAUGCAAUCCAACAGCCUCUUAGUUCUAUAAAUUCUCAAAGCCCAACUCAAUUAAAUUACAAUCCAGAAAAAUCUCCAGUUGGUCACUCACACCUGGAUUUAAUUUCAGAUAGUGAUAUUUCAAAACACGAAAACUUCAGAACUCACAAAAAGAUUCAAAACAGCUUUUCCAAUGGAUUGCCAAACUGUUUGACAUCACCAAGUGAAGAUUUCUUACAUUCUUCAAAUAUAAACCCUGGAAGCACAAAAGAUUCUUAUUCUCCUUUUCAUGUUUACUCAGAUUGUGAUAUGAAUACCCAAAUUACAGAUUACUUCAAGAUUGAUGAAAGAACAAAUUCAGGUGAGAAAAUGUUGGACACACGGGUUCCUUCUUCUCCUGGUGUAGAUGGAAUGUUCGAAGAUAUAAAUCAUGCAAAUCAAAGUCAGCUAUACCCACAAAAAUCUUGCAAUUUCCAAGAUUUGACUGAUCCUAACAUGACUUCACUAAGUGCUCACAAUGCUCAUUUCCAAUCCUUUUCAAGCAUAUUUUCUGAAGAUGAUGAUAAAAGAGGAAGACCAGAUGGUUCUGUGCUUCAGAUAGGAGACAAAAAAUAUUUAAAAAAUUUGCUUGAUGAUAUUGAAAAUCAUCAUAUUUCAGGUUGUCAAGAAGAACAAGAAGAUAGAUUACAAGGUAAUUCUUUAAAUGAAAUUCUAAAUGAAAAAACUGAUGAAGUAAAAACAUCACCACCAAUUCCAUCAAUAAGUUUAAAAUUGAAUGAAACAAAAAAAAUGUGGUGUAUAGCUAAAAAGGAUAAGCAAGUGAAUCACAAAACUUCUUUAGAAACAGAAUCGGUUUUGAAAUCAAAUAUUCUUACCCACAGCACUCAAGGCACUGUAAAUGAAUUCAGAGGAGUUGAAGCAUCAUCCAUUAAAAAUCAAAUAGACUGUGCAUAUUCUGAUUUUUCUGAAAUUAAAAAGACAAAUUUAAAUGAACCACCAAGUACAUCCCUUCCACGUCAACUUCAAAAUAGUGAUACAGCUGAACAAAAUUUAUUAUUGGAUGACCACAGAGUAGAUAAACAAAAGUUGUCUUCAACUAAUAACAUUUCAUUCCCUGGGGACACAGCAACGACGAAGAUGUGCCUCACAAUCACAAAAUAUUACCCUAGAGCUGAAUUAUUUAAAAGAAUAACAAAUCCAGCCAGUCCAAAUUUAGGAAUACUUGUUUUUGAUGAAAAUGGCACUCACUUUCCUAAAUCUUAUGAUUCAAGUGGAGUAGAAGUCAGUGAAAGGGUAGACAUUUGUCAAAGUAUUAUAACUAGUAUCUUUGAUCAAACAUUUGACUUCAUCAGCUUGAGAAAAAGAAAUGUGCCAAAUAAAUCUUCCAAUGAUAGUUUAUACCAUCAUUACAAGAAAACUAACACUGCUAUCUCAAGUAAUCAAAAUAUUAAUGAAGUACUAUUCACAGAUACUGUGAUAAAAUUUGAUUCCUCGUACAGUUUUUCCAAAGACAAAAAAGAUCAAGUAAACAAUAUUGUCAAAACAACAGAAGUAUUUAUUCAACGAGAAAAAGAAAAUUGUCAGCAUCACUCUGUAAUUAAAACCACACAACUUCAGGAUUACUGCAGCAAAAUAAAAACAAGAAAAACUAGUAGAUCAAUUUUUUCUCCAAUGUCUGAUAAUGGAUUUGAAGAUGAUCCCAUAUUUUCAAAAAAACGGAAAAUUGCAGGUCAUGAAAAUAUACAACAUGAGGACAACAUAAAUUUUGAUAUAUUAAAUAAAGAUUCUGGUCACAAAGAAAAAAUGCAUGAUGUUGAAGAUUUUGAAAGUCAUGUACUGGACUACAGCUCUAGGAAAUCUAUUUCUGAGUCUACUGAAGAACCAGAAGAACUCUCAAAACAAUUAGUUAUGAACAGAAUCACUGAUGAAGUCUUUAAGGGAUUUGGUAGUCCCAAAGAAGUCCCUUCUCAACAGACAUUUUCUGAAUCAUUGAAUGAACUUACUGAGAGCAAGAAAUCUGAGAACAGUCCUUAUCAUGAAUUAGAUAAAGAACAGAACAUAAUCAAGGAUAAUUUGGAAAUAGAUAAUGCCCUUGAAUUGAUGGGAUUGUCAAGUACAAAACAUUUAGACAAAGCUAACAAGAAAUAUUCUAUUGAAUGUAUUGGCAAAGAAAGUUCAGUUUCUUUGCAGGAAGCAUUAGAAAAUGAACCUGAUUGGUUUUCUCGUCAAGAUGAUGAUUACAUCAAUCUUCCUUUGGGAGCAUGCUUACAAAGAGAUAAUGUUAAUUCUGACAAGAAAGACAAACAAGUUGAAGAAGAAAAUGUACAAUGUGAUAAAAAUAAUAGCAGUGUUGAAAUUACAGAAGUAAAAGAAGUAUGCAACAAAAGUAAAAUAUGUCAAGAUAUUACUAAAGUAAAAGAAGCCUCCUCAGUUGUAAAAACCCAUACCAAUGAAAAUCUGAUUAUUGUUUCUGAAUCUCAAGAACAUGCUGAAGAUCUAUGCCAAACAACAUCCCAAAGACACUUACCCAAAGACACCUUAAUUGGGUUUGUCAACGAGGAUGUAGAUUUAACUUUUUCACAGGACAUGGACUCUUCUUAUGAUUUGCCCAUUGAAAACCAUUCUCAAACUGAAGGAAUUGACAGCCUCAACCAUCCUCAAUCUUACUUUUCACCAGAACUGGGUGCAACAUUUAACAAAGAAGAGUCAUUAGAAGCUUGGCCAAUUGUUAAUACUGGUCUGUUAAGUUGCUCCACGCCCAUAAUUAAAGAUUCUCAAGCUGAUCCACAAAUUGAAGACCUUGAGGCCAGGCUGGAAACUUCUGUUAUAGUAAGAAACAAUAGUUGUAGUAGUUUUAUAUACAAUCAGUCUGAUGAAUCUUCCAUAACAGUUUGUCAAAACUCAAUUCCAUCUCAGCAAGUUGUUCAUUUAGAGAUUGAACAGUUAAACACUUUGAAUGAUGAUAGUAAAAUAAAUUUGCGUUCCACAGAAAACUGUCAACAGACUACAUCACUAUAUCUAGAAACCUCACAAAAAUCCACAAAAUCAAAUCCUCUUAACGGGAUCUCGGAAGAACUCAAGUCACAUAAUAACUGCUUACAACAAGAAACAUACACUUCUAAAAUGGACUGUCAAGUAGAAAAUCCUAAUGAUGUAUCUAAAAUAUGUACUGAAUCACAUAUUGAAAACAGUAGCACAGAAAGUGUUGCCAACCAAAUGCCAGUUAUCACAUCUAAGGAUAUGAGUGUUUCAAACACUAUUAAUACUUUUAAAAGUCUUGGUGAAGAAGACAGUCUUAUGGGUUAUUGUGCUGGAGAGUCAGUUUUCAUGUGUUUAGAUGAAGAGGUUAAAACUUAUUUAAAAAGAAGUAAGUUAAGUUAUUUUCAUGAAUUUAAGAAAAGAAAAUGGCAAAAAUUCUUUAAAACUGUCAAUAAAAAAGAUAUAUCUAAUAGAUAUAUUGUGGAAAAUAAAAAAGGUAACUUGAAUAACAAAGUAUAUACAAAUGAGGUCUUUGAUUAUCAGUCAGAAAAGGUUUGUACGAAAAACAUUCUUCCUGAAACUAUUGUUGAGAACAAAGAAACCAAGAAUAGUCCUUCUCCAGUUUCUGUUGAAAUGGAUUCUGGAAUUGAAGAUGAAUCACAUGUGCAAUAUUCUGACUCAAAUUUAAAAGAUAAAUCAUUCCAUUCUAAAUGCACAAAUAAUACAAAAGAAACAUCAAUUCAACUCAACUGUGAAUAUCAAAGCCCAAAACAAUUAAUGUUUGAAUCAGUAAAUGAUUCUACAGUAGAAGAGAGGACAAGUUUAAUUACAAAUACAGAUAAAGCUUCAGCACCACUAAAAGAUAAAUCUCAAUUUUUUAUAGAAAAAGAUUCUCGUGUAUUUCACACAAGAAGAGACUCUUUCAAAAUGUUGGAACCAGAAUUUGUUUUGAAGGAAAUCUUUUCACCUGAUCCAGAAACUGAUGAUUCAGAGAGUAAAGAAAAUGAAUGUCCUAUGAAUUUUUCUCAAAUAAAAUAUGAAACAUCUCCUCAUUUAAUGGAAACAAAUUUAGCAUUAACUACAAACUCAAUAUCACCAUCCUUACCUAUUUUAUCUACUAAAUUCAACAAACUGAGCGAUUGUAUGACAAGUAAGAACCCUGGUAUAGAAGAUACUUUAUCAAAUACACAUGAGUUAGAUAUAGUAAAAACAUUGGACUGUAAUGAUUGUAAUACUUCCAUUCACGAUUCAGGUGGAAAGAAUACUAUUCAGAAUUUCAAUGAUCCAAUUGAACCAGAUUAUGACAAACAAGUAUCAACUGCUGGGUUAGUCCAAGAUGUGAAUCAAGUUAAUGCAACAUUGCCACUUCAAGAAGAACCUGAAAUGGCAAAAAAAGAUUCUGAUGAGGCAGGAGGAUUAACAUUUCAAAUUAUAUCAAAUACUGAGGUCAGUAGAUUCACAAACAAUCCGUUUUCAUCUCAAAGAGACAAUACUCUUGAAAAUGUAAGUAGCAAUGUGAUUGAUCAGGGUUCCACUACGAGUACAAAUGUAAUUAAUAAUGUGGAAAACUGUCAAAAUCUACAUUUAUUUGCUCAGGAGUUGCAUAAUAAUAACAACACUCCAGUUGUAGAGAACAUGGCAGAAUUAUCACCUUGCCAAGAAACUAAAGCAUGUAAAAAUAAGGGUUUGAAGCAGUCCACACUACUGGAAGAAGACACAGUUACUUUCAGUGAAAAAUUUGAGAAAACUAGUACUUUUGUGGAAAAUAUCGGUGAAAGGGUUUUGCAAAAUCCUAAAUACAUUGCGGGCUCAAUUCAAAGUACUAAAAACAUAGUUGAAUUUAAAUCUUCUGAUGAUUCUGAAAUUGAUCAAACUUGCAGCUCAAAAUCCGUACCAAUCCAACAGUGUCAUGGAGCACAUUCCACUUACAGUUAUGAUGAUACUGGUUUACAAGAAAAAAAAGACAAGUCAAUUUCAUUGAUAAAUCAAGAUAACCAAACCCAACAAAUCACGAAAUCCUCACCUAGGCAGAAUUCAUUAAAUAAUGAAGACAUGUUUGAGAUUGAUUAUAAAGAAAAUGGAAGUGGAGAACCAAUGGUUAUGUCUCCAAAAGGUGAUUUAACAUCUACAAAAUAUUACAAAGAAGACCAAGUAAGAAAUUCAGACAUUAAUUCCAAGAAUGAUAGUAAAGAAUGUAACGUAGAAGAACAACAAAAUACUGGCUGUCAUGAUGAAAAAAUAAAUACUGUACAGGAUUCUUUAAGAAAUAGUGUAAACAAUGAAACCUUUCCAUUACAAUGUUUGGUCGAAGCAGCUUUAGCUCUUGAAAGUGUUGAUUCGAAACAGGUAAUGUUUAGUAAUUCAAAUUUUCCAGUUUUGUAUAAUCAAACAGAAGACAAAUCAUUAACAUUCUCAAAGAUUCCAGAUGGCACUAAUGAUAGUUCUGUCAAAACAGUGCAAUCUUCUUACAACAAUAAUUCUACUCGUUCUGGAGAAAGUAGUUCUAAUGAAAAUCACUUGACUCCUACUGACAGAGAAAUAUUUUCUAAAUUUGAAGAAACAAAUUACAAUUUAAGAGCUUCAACUAGAAUUGUAACUUCUAGUAGCUCUAACAUAAUCCCUUACUCAAAGCGUAAAUAUGGUUUAAAAUCUUCGAAGAUAAAUACUUCACAAGGAAUCAAACAGAAAAAAACAGAAAUUAAUGUAACAGAAAAAAGUCGCACUAAGAAGCGUAGAGGUGCUUUCACCUAUCCUCGCUCAAAGAGGCGGAAAAAGGUCACAAAAAACAAACAAAAAUUAGGACAAGCAUUACAACAAGAUAAUUUCAAUGAAGUUGCUAGUAAUAUUCCUGAAAGUAAUAAUGAUGUUAAAUGUACUAGUGAUGUUAAAUCUUUACAAAGUAACUUGGAAAAUGUUAUAGAAUUGAAUGAGGAAGUUAACACAUCGACUAACCUACACUCAGUUGAUAUUAACAAAUCUUCACUUCUUGAAUCAAACUAUGAAUCAGUUGAAGAUAUUUCGAAGACAGAUUUUGGUGGACCAUUAAUAAUUGCUAGCAGUAAUACUUCAACGUCUGGAAAUAUAUUUUGUGUACAUGUAAACUCCAAUAAAAUGGAUGAGUAUGUUAACAAUUUAAAUUUGGAUGGAUUGGAAGUAUUGUCAGGAAACAGUCAGGCUUUAAAAGAAAACAGUAAUGAGAAUAGUGCCAUUGUACCUGAUGUAACUUUAGAAAAUGGCACAAGUUUGGUAAUAAUAAUUGAAGAGCUGGCUGAUACAGAUAAAUCACAUUAUAUUGAAAGGAGCAAAGGCGAGUCAGACAUCAUACUGAGUUCUAUUGAAGGAAACUGUGCUGUGCCGUGUCUAAACCAGUCUGUUUCUAUUUUAGAUGAUUGUUCAGAUAUGUUAAACACAGAAUUUUCAGUAAAUGAGUCUUGUGUAUGCCCACCAGAAUUCAAUGACAACUCCGAAAAUCCAUUACUUACUGAAAAGCAAGAUGAAAUUUUAGAAAGUGAACAAUUUAUGGCAAAUUCUGCUUUUGAGAUGAGUGACAACAUAGAAGAUGGCUAUGAAAAGUUUUCAGCAAACUGUGGUCAAGAACUAACGGCCAAUUGUUAUGAGGAAAUAAAUGAAAACCUCAUAAAUGACAUAGGCAACUGGCCUUUUGUGGAGGAAGAAGUUGCUGAAUUUGAUAGUAACACAGAUUUGCUUAACAAGAUUCCAGAAGAAGGUAGAAAAAUAGAGCUGAAGUGUAGUUUACCAUGGAAAAAAAUUUUUAACAUCUCUAAAGGGAAAAAGAAAAAGAGUAAAAUGUCAAGAAAAGUGUCAGGCCUUGAACUAGGCCCUGCUAAAGUAGAAGUUAGAUUGAAAGCUCCAUCAGCCGAAUGGAAAGUUAUAAGUGAUUACCAUGAAAAUGACUCACCAGUUGUUAAAGUUAGCCGCUUAAUUUUACAAAGAGAUUCGGAUGUCAGUAGUCAUUCUGAAAAAGAUAGUGAAGAAGAAAAUGAAAAUAAAAGGAAUUCAGAAGGCCUAGGAGAGUCGGAGACAAAUAGUAACAGUAGUCAUAGCUUUGAAAGAAAUGUACCAUAUGAUGAAAAUUGGCAACCCGUGGUUAUUCUUACAAGGAACAAAGAAUUAGAUGAAUUGACUCUAAAUAUGGAGUUAAAAGAACAUUCUGAGAAAAUACCUUCACCCUCUAAUACUGAAGACAAUAUUACUGCUACAGAAAAUAGUGAAGGAUAUUCUUCAGAGUCAGCAUCAGAGAGUGAAACAAAUGAACUACUCAAUGAAAAUGAACACUUAGACUUAAGCUUAUCUCUUUCAAGGGAAAAUUCUUCUUGCAUAGAAAACUUUGAAAACGCCUCUGUACAAUUGCAAGAAAAUAGUUCUAAAUAUAGUUCCUUCCAAAGUGGGAAAACAAACAAAGUUCAAGGUUACGAAACAUAUUCUCCUAGUGCUCGCAAUAAUGAACUGACCGAGGAAACCCUUUAUAGUCCAAGUGAUCCCCAUUUUAGUCCUGAUACCAGUUAUCGUUAUUCUGAUAAGUCUUGUUUUGAAGACGAAGGUGAUGAAGCUGGUAGCGAUGGUGAAGGGGAUGGUUUUAUUACAAAUGACUCGGUGAAGUCAAAUUGUAGCUUGACUGACAGUUUCAAAAGUAAUGAUGAGAAUAAAAGAAAUAACAAUGAGGAAAGUAUUUUAAGAAAUGAUGAAACAUUGGGGAACGGAGAGGCUUGUUCUCGGAGUAGUAGCAGUUCUUCAGAUAUAUCUUCUCCUGGAUCUUCUCAUACUAAUUGUACUUUUCAGUUUGCAAGUAACUUGCCAGCGAGAAUUGACUCUGACUCUUUACUACUCACAGAAAACUCUUGUAAUAACUGUGAAUCUAAUGAGGUAACCUUACCUAAUAAUGACUUACAAUUGAAUGUUCCAAAUAGAGGAGGCAAUGAAACAGAAAUGUCUGAACUGUCAAGAGAUGUUAUAAUCGAACAAAAGAAAAAGUUAAAGCGCAAAAUGCCUAAAAACUUUUUUGUGAGAAAAAAAUUAAUUAAAAAGAAUGUGGAAAAUGCUAAAGAAAAUUCUAGUUUCAUAGAAAAUGGCACUCAUAAAUCGGAAGAUGAGGUUGCUUCUGACUCUUUAUUGCAAAGGUUAUCGAGUGAUGAUGUAACUUCAUGUUCCACUUCAGAUUUACAGAAAAGGAAAGGUUUGUCUUCUGUGAAUAGUGAUCGAGUGAUCGGUUCUGAAAGUGACUUGUCUUCUGUGUGUGAAAAUUCUCGGUUGCAGUGUGUUUAUGAUACCGAAGACUCUUCUCCAAUGAGACUGAAUGAGUCACCAAUGAGUGAGAGGUUCGAAGAGAAAGUAAGACUGAGAGACGGUGGAAGAGGACUUAAAAGACCUUGUGAAGGACAUUCCAAAGAAGAUACCAAAAGAAGACGGAAAAAGCUCAAGAAUCAUUCCAGCACAUGCGAAGAAUAUGGUGUAUAUUUUAAGAAUAAGGAGGAGUUGAUUCGUCAUAAUGUGUACAGACAUGCGAGGCGGCGUGAACUCCACCAUUGUCUGCUUUGUCAGAGGAGUUUCUCGUCAGCCGCACGCCACAGCCGGCACAUACAAGGGCGCAGCCACCGCCAUCUCGAGCUGACCCAGCGUCACACUAUGCACUCGAUGCAUCGUUUGCUGGUGGGCGGUGACUGUCCUCACAUUGCGCCACUGUCUCGCGCAGAGCUGCGGACUCUGCAGUGGCGACCUACACAGUCCGGAUACGCACACUUCUACCAUGAGGUCACGCCUCUUCAGGCGAUGCUGCAGGAACAUAGCUCAGAUACAAGUGAAGACACGAUGUCAGAAGAAAGGAUGCCAAAUGACUGAUUGAUUUAAUUCUAGUUCCUCGGUUUGACCAAAGAACUGCUCAAUGCUAGAGGGACCAAAGCCCUUUACACUAUUGUUUGUACAGUUAUAGUUUUAUUGUUGUUAUCACAUUGGUGUGUAGAACACUCGUGUGUGCUUUGCUGAACCAGUUUAUCUCGGCUAGGUGUGAACAUUAGUUUAAGUACAACCAUUAUUCAUUGUUAGUGUUAUGUUCGGUACUACUUAAAGUUGUUUGAGAACAUCCAAAGAGUUGAAUUGUUGAUAUUUUAAAAUCUUAAGUUUUCUCUUAAAGUCAGUCAAACAGCAAUAUAGAAGAACUAUUAUAUUUUUUGUUUAUUAGUUUAAUAAUUUUAUUUUUUUAGAGUAGAAUCCAAAACAACACUUUAAGCAGUACCUUGUCAGUAAAGUUAGUGAAUUAUUGUAAAUAUGUGAUAGCGUUCCAAACAGAAGCCAGUUCCUCAGAUUCUAAUGUAAUUUCGUAAAUUUGAUAAUUUACUGCAAGUGCAAUUCCACAAAAAGCGUGCUUUGUGUUUUAUAAAGGGAGUUUAUAAUAUUUGUAACCAUGUAAGAUUUUUAAAGACUGAAAUAGUACCAAAUAGACACAUAUAUGUAAUUCAAAUUUAUUCUUCUUGGAAAACUGUUAUUAUUUAAAAUUGUGUCUACAAAAAAAUUUGUCUAAAUACCUUUUAGGGAUUCAGCUCAUUUUUCAAUACAAAAAUAAUUAUUUCUUCAUAAGUGCCUUUUAUGGGUUUUAUGAACUAAGAAAGACGUAUUAUAGAAUAUGUAUAUUUAGAAAUGUUGAUCAUAAAGCUGAUAAUAAUACCUUUAAAUAUCAACCUGAUUAAUUUAAGUUCUACUGUGGAUAAUUUUUUGUUUUAAAUUACUUGGUAUAUUUCUACAAUACCCGUUCAGGAAAAGUUUAAUUUAAUCAUUAAAAGAUUGUAAAUUAUGUUUUAUUAAUAAUAAUUUUUCAUGCAAUCAAAUUAAGUGUAACUUACCAAGAUUAUUUAUGAUGUCUCCAUGCGGUGAAUGAAUGUAGAAAAAAGGCACCUGCUACAAAAACUAUAAAUUUUGUAAAUAUGUGUUAAGCGACUGCUUGGAAAUGCAUUGUGUACUUAAUUACCAUACUUGUUACUUUAAGGAAGGUUGGUUAUAGGCUGCGGUUCGGAAAUGUACUUAACCUGUUAGCUAGUCAUGCUACCUAAGAAUAUGUUACCAAUUGAUCUCAGUUUCCCAGUCAAUUUUUAAGCACUACAAGAAUGCACUCCUCAGUAACUCUCCAUUUAUUAAUGUUUGAUCACAUUCACAAAGAAACUUCAAUUUACAUUAAACUAAAGUAUAACCUACUGUGUGUGUACCUCUCAUCUACUCUGUGGAAGUCAUUAAUAUAACUGUUUAUUGUGACUCAUAAUAUUACAUAUAGUUUUUACAGUGCUUCAUUUAUAUGAAUAUUGUUGGUUCCUUAAUAAUUAAGUAAUACAAAUAAGUAAUUUUUAACUUAUUUUAACUCAUGAGUAAAUUGUUAAAGUUAUUUCAUAUCAGUUUAAUUUUUAACACUUGAACUUUAAUUUAAAAGUUUUAUUUUGUAAUUAAAAUGUUAUUGUUAAUUUAGUCAAAAACAAUAUGACUUUUCAUAUGCUGCUUUAAGAAAAAGUUAAUUACAAUUUGUCAAUAUAUAGUUAUUCUUAUUAAAAAAUAAAAUAAAUUCUAACUUUUCAGUUAUUAAUUAAUUAUUAUCGUAAAUUAGUUUAACUGAAUUAUUGCAAAAUGGUUAAAACAUCUUUUCUGAACCAUUACAUCCUUAAAUAUAUUUAAAACAAUUUGUAUCAUAUAACAGUAGUAAACAUUAGUAAAAGCCACAACAGCGUGAUCUUUUAAUACACACAUUCAUAUUGUUGAACUUCAUACUCAAAGAGGUACUGAGGAAAAUUGCAAAUUGGCCACUGGUUGUUACUAUUUUGACAUAUAAUGUUUUUACGUGCACAUGCAAAAUUGUAGGUUUGAAAAGAUUUAUUUGAUUUUAAAUAUAAUUUCAACGUUUAAGUCAUAAUGCAAUAUCUUGUGAUAUCCCAAAAUUUAUUGGGAUCUUUAAGGAUUUUCUUUGUUAUUGAUGAAGUUGAAUUUUUCUAGUUUAUUUUAUUAGAUUUAUGUGAUAAAUGUUAUUGUUGAUUUGACCUGUUUUAUUCCACAUUACUGUUAGCGUCAUUCCUUGUACAAUAAUAUAGUUUCACAUUUUACCUUGGCGGUAUUGUAAAAUAUAUUGAUCAUGCAAGAGAUUUGAAUGCCUCAAAUGUCUAUAUAUUUGUUAAGUUUCUACUUUUAUAAUGGCUGUAAUGUAAUGCCUUGUAUAUUAACUGUAAAUAUAUUAUGCCUUAUAUAGCA